AGUGGUGUGGAUGAGGCAAUCAAUGAAAUAAGCUUCACAUUUAUUGCUGUAACCGGUGAGUAGUCAGUUAGAAAAUGUACGCAUAUGCAUCUAAGACUAAGAAUUGCAACUUUGAUGAUAAGGAAUACAUGAUACAAGACUGUUCUUUCUCUUUCAGAAUGAAAUAUAUAUAAAUAAUAUAAUGCUGCAUAAUUCAGUAUGCAUCUACUGUCUUUCCUUCAACAUAUUGGUAUUGGAAUAUUCCUGAUUCAUGUUAAAUAAGAAAACAUGAAGGAUACCAGCCAUUCAUGAAAAAUGUUUAUCUAUAGUUUAUCUCUUUUAAGUACAUGUAUAGAUGAACAUGUCAACGUAAGAUCAAACCUUAGAACCAGUAGCAUAGACAAUAUGUUUUGAAAAGCUCAUCACGGUGAUAAAAUUAUAUACCUGUGUGUUAGCUACCUCACUUGUAUCUAGAUUCUAUGCAAGUUCUUUUGUGGUCUCAAUAAAGAUUGUUGUAUAACUGUAAAUGUUAGACAAAUCAUAAUAUAACUUUCAAUUUUCAACAUAUGGUAAAGAAUUGAUUAAUCUCUUUGGCCUUUUAAUUAACGUAAAUUGUAUUGCAAUUCUGGAAUAUUUCAAAGUAUCACCUCUGUCGCUGCUGUUAGGGAAUAUUUUGUUAGUUUCUAUUUUGCUUAUGUGUACUUUUCAUUUCAUUUAGUUCAGGUGCCGAGUUUGAAUUAUGGCCUUUGGGUCUGCUGAUGGGUAUUGAAUAGUUUCUGUAUUUUUUUGUUUGUUCUGUAAAUUGGGAAUAUCAGGUGGCAUUGUAUGAGUUUUUGGCCAGGGAUGUCUUAGAAAAUGAUUUAGUAAAGUAGGACAGAUACAGGAUAUUAGUAGAUGCAUAGACUUUCCUUGUUAUAAACAUUCCAUAAAAUUGACCCCUAACCUCAUCAUCAAUGGUUAUAGAACACGAUGCUAAUCGCACCUUAAGAUUUAUAGAAACAGUGAAAUGAAAAUGAAUCAUUUUAGGUUCGAUAAUUUCUCCACAGUUCCCCCCGACCCCGUCCUCACCAUCAGUGGCUACACCACCGGUGUGUCGGCAGGACAGUCCCUCCCACUGACCUGCACAUCCACCCAGGGGAAACCUCCCGCCCACGUCACGUGGUGGAAUGGUGAUGUGGAGCAGCAGCAAGCCGUCUACAGCAGUACUCCUGAUUCUAGUACUUACCAGGGAGACGCCACGAGUGUGCUGACAUUAGCUGUACAACCUGCCAACAACCAGGAGACGUACCAGUGUAGGGUCAGUCAGCUGGAAACAGAGCUGGAACGGCAGAAUGUGCAGCUCAAUGUCAGAUUUAUGACCGGACCCCCAACCCUGACCGGCUACUCGGGUCCCAUAAACACCGGCAGCUCCCUGACCCUGACCUGCACCACUGGCAGCAGCAACCCUCCUGCCUCCAUCUCAUGGACAUUGGUGGGAGGGUCAGCGUCAUCUGCAACUUUCCCAUCAGACACAGAAGGACAAUAUGGCGGGACAAUCACUUCAGAACAAACCAUUCUUCCCAACCAGCGGCCCCAGGAUAACGGGUCACAGAUUAAGUGUACAGCUACAAAGAGUGAGCUGGGACAGAGUAUGGACAGUUCGACUGUCACAAUCAAUGUCAGAUUUUAUCUUGGGGGAAUUGGCAUUACCGGGCACACCAACUCUGUGACAAGCGGCAGUUCCCUGACCCUGACCUGCACCUCAGGCAGCAGCAACCCUCCUGCCAACAUCUCAUGGACCCGGGUGGGAGGGGCGGCACCAACUGGAACGGACCAACCACAGACAGACGGACAACAUGGCGGGAAAAUCACGUCACAACAGAUCAGUCUCACCAACCUGCAGGCUCAGGACAACGGAGCACAGUUCAAGUGUACAGUCACCAACUCUGCUGUCAGCCAGAGGGAAGAGAAGACUGUUACUAUUGAUGUACAAUAUGCACCGACUAAUGUCCAGGUGUCCUGUAACCCCAGUGACCUUAGUGACUUGAGGGAGGGGCGCAGACUUGAAUGCACAUGUACAGCUGACAGUAACCCAGCUGCCCAGUACAGCUGGAUAAAGGACAGCACAGCAGGUCCCCUUCCUACAGGAGUGGUAUUGGACACCACAGUGGGAACUCUUACCUUCAGUACCCUAGACAGGACACACAGCGGGGUGUACAGCUGUACAGCUAACAGUGGCAUCAGUCCUGAGGCAACAAGCGGCGGCGUCACUUUAGAUAUCAAAUACGCACCCAUAGAACCAACAAUAGUAUCAAAUGCAACAACUGUUGAGGAAGGAGACAGCGUUCAGCUGACCUGUCAAACAACCAGCAACCCACCAGCAUUGUACAACUGGACCAAACAGUCAGGGGACCUGCCUGGUGAUGCAAAAGAGGAAACUAUAGGACAGACAUCAGUUCUCGUGAUCCCCGGUCUGACUAAGGACGACUCCGGGACAUACAUCUGUACAGCCAGCAAUGUUGUACUGCCUGGUGGAACCGCUGAGGAUUAUAACCUCACUGUCUUAUACCUGCACCAACCGAUAGUUAGGUCCAAUGAAGUUUCCAUUGUUGAUGGUACCUUACAACAAGCUGCAGUCGGUGAGAACACAAAUGUAUCAAUCACCUGUACGGCAGAUGCCAACCCUACAGCCGAGAUAAAGUGGACCGGUCCUCAGGAAGAAGUGACCAAUGAAGGACAACUUCAGUUUAACCAUGUCGAGCGGACACAUGCCGGGAAUCAUACUUGUAAAGCAAGCAACAGCAUCAAGGGCGAACCACGGUCAAAGGAAGUUACUCUGGAAAUCACUGUCAACUACCCCGCCAGCAUCACAUGCAUCACUCCCCCUGUGGCGGUUGAUGAGUAUGAUGAUGUCAACAUGACCUGUACAGCUGACAGCAACCCUGCACCAGAUAACUUUAGCUGGGCCUACAUGGACGGUACAACCUUAACAGGCACUACAAGUGUGAAUAGGUUCAGCUUAACCACGUCCAUUACAGCCAUCACCUACCAACAGGCGGGAACGUACACGUGUACAGCUGGCAAUGGGAUCGGUACUGCCGACUCUGAAGGGACUAAUGUUACAGUCGAAUAUGCUCCCAAGUUCUACCCUCCCCCCGACCCCUACCCAGCAGCCAUUGGUGCAGACGUCUCCAUGCAGUGUUCAGCCUUCGCUGUGCCCAAUAGCAUCGCUUUCACCUGGUCCACGAAUGGAACAACUCUGACAAACUCCAGUAGGCUCAACAUCCAGUCUUCAAGAGAAACCUCGGUCCUCACCAUCAUUGGUGUGGAACAAGUAGACUAUGGGACGUACAACUGUACGGCAGCCAAUAUCAAAGGGUCGUCAUCAACUACCAGGACCCUUCAACCACUCGGACCCCCUGGAACCCCCAGUGGACUUAUAGUCCUGUCCAAGAAUACACAGUUUGUAGUUCGCAUCGCCUGGACAGCAGAUUUUAACGGUGGUCUGGACACAGCUCACAUAGUGCAGCUGAGAGAGGUAGGGGCAGAUCAAUGGGAAGAUGUGGGGAGUCGUCAACAAACUGCAUCUGAGCAGCGUCGUACGUUCAACAUUACACUCGACCUGAAGGCACAGCAGGCUGGGGACUAUCAGAUCAGAAUAAAUGCCAGGAACACACAGGGGGAGGCAUGGUCUGAGUCUGUGGAUCUGAAACUGGAAGCAAGCCAACACCUGUCUGGAAGGAUGACAACGAAUGAAAACUGGGUGGAGGCAUUGAAAGACAGCGAGUCAACUGAAUUUCGACAAAAGAAAGCCUUGUGGGAGAGAAAUUUGGACAAAGUUUUCAGCUCUCUAAUUGGAUAUGAGGGUGCGACCAUAACACAGUUUAGCCAGGGCAGUGUAGUAGGAGACUUUGAGGCAGUGGUGGCCGAGUCAGAAACGCAGGCAGCUAUAGAAGCUUUCGAGACACAGGUCAACACAGGCAGUGUGGGAGAUCUUACUGUGGUCAAGGAGAGCUCACAAAUUUCUGUCACGAGGCCUCCUGUAGAUGGAGACAGCACCGCAACCAUCAUCAUCAUCGCAGCAGUAGUGUGUGGGGUUGUCUUCCUAGCUAUCAUUGGUGUUGGAGUGUUUGUUUUUAGGAGAUGGAAAUCAGCCAAUAAAAAACCUGGCCAAAAUCAUCAAAAUAACAUAGAGCUGGACCGUGUGCGCGACGAUACGGAUGGCGGAUACCAAAGUUUAAAGAUACCUAAUAGACGGACGUCUGAUCACACGUACCAAGGGCUGAUGGCACGAAGUGGGAAUGAGACAUCACCAGAUGCAACAUAUGAAGAUGUGAAGACACAGUCGGAAUUCCCGCGGAAUCAACUAGACAUCAAAGAGGAACUUGGGCAAGGGGAGUUCGGAAGUGUCUAUAAGGCUGAAGCCUGGAAAAUAUCAGGAAACACAGGUGUAACAACUGUGGCUGUGAAGGAGUUGAAAGGUAUGACAGGCCCUGCUUCUUCAACUGCUUUCUUCAAGGAGUUGUCAGUCCUGAAGCUCCUCGGGACACACCCCAACGUUGUGUCGUUUCUCGGAUGCUGUACGGGUGCAGACCCGUUUUACCUGCUGCUUGAGUACGUGUCCGGAGGAAGUCUCCAGUCCAACCUCCGCACCAGCCGCACCCAGCAAACAUACGGGAACUUACACGGCGGCAGCAAGUCCCUCUCAUCACGGGACCUCACCAAGUUCGCCUGGGACGUGGCCAAGGGGAUGAGCUUUCUGUCAGCGAAGAAGGUUAACUGA